UCGCUCACGUUAACCUCGGGUCUGCGUGAGUUUCCACGCCUCCAAGGCGGUCAGCUGCUGCAGCAUCAGCACCCGGAGACGUCGUUAUCAUCUUUUAUCCCGAAAAGACAUCCUGGUCAUCGCCGUAUCGUCUUGUCAGUGCCGUGAGAGGUGAGGGGAGGUCAAACAUGGGCUCCAGCUCCUCCUCCUACGCCCCCAAAGCCAUUUAUCUGGAUGUGGAUGGGAAAGUGCAGAAGGUGGUCUUCAGUCGGCACUGCAGUCCCUGUGACAUUAAGGAACUUCUGUGUUCCUCCUCCAACAUCCCCAGGAACACCGCCAUCAUGAUGGUGGAUCCGGAAGGGGCCCUGGUCUCCAUUGAUCCCACCAUGCCCUCCAACUCUCCAAAUUCCUUGUACAAAGUUGUCCCCUUGUCGACUGGCCAACUUGGAGAGAAGGAGGACAUGUUUCAGAAUGUGUUGUCUCAGGUGGCCGAGCAGUUCAGCAGGGCGUUUCGCAUCAACGAGCUGAAGACGGAGGUCACCAACAGGCUCGCCAUGUUGGAGAAGAGAGUGGAGUUGGAGGGCCUGAAGGUGGUGGAGAUUGAGAAGUGUAAAAACGACCUGAAGAAGCUGCGGGAUGAGAUGACAUCAAGAGUUGGUGGCAGGGUCAACUGCCCAUGCAAAUACAAUUUCUCCGAUGACGGCAAGAAAGUCACUCCGAGACGAGAUGUCCCGAACUACCCAAAGUAUACGCUGUCUCAGGAGACCAUCGAGGCACUGAAGAAGCCAACGUUUGACGUCUGGCACUGGGAGCACAAUGAGAUGCUGAGCUGUUUGGAGUAUAUGUACCAUGACUUGGGACUGGUGAAAGAAUUCAACAUGAACCCCAUCACGCUCAAACGCUGGCUGCUGGCGAUCCAAGAGAACUACCGAAACAACCCCUUCCACAACUUCCGUCACUGUUUCUGUGUCAGCCAGAUGAUGUAUGGCAUGAUCCACCUCUGCAACCUGCAGGAGAAGCUGACUCUCACGGACAUGGGCAUUCUAAUGACAGCUGCGGUGUGUCACGACCUGGACCACCCCGGAUACAACAACACGUACCAAAUCAAUGCCCGCACGGAGCUAGCGGUGCGCUACAAUGACAUAUCACCACUGGAGAACCAUCACUGCGCUGUGGCUUUCCAGAUCCUUUCCCUUCCCGAGUGCAAUAUAUUUGCAAAUGUGGAUCCUGAAGCGUUUAAGCAGAUUCGACAGGCCAUUAUCACGCUCAUCCUUGCCACCGACAUGGCCAGACAUGGCGAGAUACUGGACUCCUUCAAGCAGAAGGUGGACAACUUUGACUUCACCAAUGAGGAGCAUGUGACAUGUCUCAAGAUGGUUUUGAUCAAAUGCUGUGACAUUUCCAAUGAGGUGAGACCCACCGAGGUAGCCGAACCAUGGGUGGAUUGCCUGCUGGAGGAGUACUUCAUGCAGAGUGACAGAGAAAAGUCUGAGGGCUUGCCGGUGGCCCCCUUCAUGGACAGAGACAAGGUCACCAAACCCACCGCCCAAAUCGGCUUCAUCAAGUUUGUCCUCAUCCCCAUGUUUGAAACCGUCAUGAAGCUUUUCCCUCAGAUUGAGGAGAUCAUGGUCCAACCUCUGAGGGACUCCCGGGACCACUAUGAGGAGCUUAAGCAGAUAGAUGAUGCCAUGACAGAGGGGUCCUCUUUUGUGUUCACAUUAAGGCAAGACUUUAAAAAAGGCGAGUGAGGGGUGGAUGUCUGGGUGAAGACGCUGCGCUGCGUUCUGAGGACGACAGAUGGAAAGUGAGGGCGGAGCAAAGAGACCACUCGGCUACAUACUGAACUAAACUUAGGCACCCGGGGGUUGGGGGGGGCAUCACAUCUUGAACUUUGACUUAGACUUUUGCACCGCAUGUAACGGGGAGGGCACCCCGUGACCUCUUGUCUGUUUAUUUGUGGAGUUUAUGUUGCUAUCUCUAUUUGUUGUAUUGUUUGUCAGCGUUGCAAAGGAAGGCCUUUUUCUCUGAGGACACGGGAUUUGGAAGGUGGAUGAACAUGACUUUGUUAAACUUACAAUUUGGGAAAGGCAAAAUGAUCAAAGUCAAAAUAUUGGAGGUGAUCAUUUCACAAUUACAAAAAUAUAUAACAAUAGAAUACUUCCUCCAAAUGCUUCUCAACCUGCUUCACCAUACCCUGAAUACCCGUGAAUAAUCACAGUAGGAUCACCAAAGACAUUACUUCUAUCUUCAAGCAGCAUUUCAAAUCAGUGUCACUUUGUUCGAGAGCGCUCAUCCCUUCGUUCCUCUUUUGUGUCUUGUAGAUGAUCUCAAGCAAUAAUAUGAGCACCACCACAUUAAUAUUUGGAAUGGUGCAUGCGCCUGGUUUCUUUGAAUGAACGUACGUUACUUUUCUACACACGGCAUGUACAUAAAGUGUGCCCCCCACCCAAGACUUAAAAGCACGGCCAGUGAUUUGAAACACGGACAAAUGUUCAUAGUGACGAGCCGAUG